UGUGCGCGCUUUUAAAAAUAGUAAACACAAUUCUUCAAUCCAUAUAUAUUUUACGAAAUCCGUAUAAAGACAAAAUAUAAGAUCAAACUGAUAUUUUAAUUAGCUUUAGAAAAAUGGAAGUAUUCAAUAAAUUAAACGAAAGAUUUCACUGCCGUAAAAAAGUCUUAAAAUCACUUACCAAUUUAAUUGGACAUUCUGAAGAAAUGCUUCCAGCUGCAAUUCAUAUUUAUGGUCAUACAGGUACAGGAAAAACUACGAUACUUAAAAAUUUCCUUAAUGAAAGCACGCGUCGUAGUAAAAAUAACUUAAACGUAGCAUACGUCAAUUGUGUUGAAAGUUAUACUUCAAGAAUACUAUUUGAAAAUAUAUUGGAAUAUAUAAACAGUGAUAUGGCGCAUGAUAUUAAAACAGAAAAUUUAAAAGACUUUGUGGAAAAGUUGCGACGCAUACAAUCACAACCAGAAGCGCAGUAUAUAAUUUCUUUAGACAAUGCGGAGAGACUAAGGGAUAUGGAUGCAAAUGUGUUACCAUCUUUGUUACGUCUGCAACAACUUAGUGGUCUGAAUAUUUGUGUUAUAUUAAUAUCACAACUUCCAUUAGAAAAGUUUUAUUGUAAAACAAGUAUUGAUGAUCCCAUUACAAUAUACUUUCCCCAGUACACAAAAUCUGAAACACUGGAAAUAUUAAGCGCUGACUUCAAAAAUGCACAAAAACUUAUGGUUGCUUUACUCAAUCGUAAGAAACCAGAGAAUCUGUCAACAAAACUAGAAAUAGUUGAUACAGUAACGAGAGAGUUUUUCAAUAAUUAUUUAAAUCUAUUUCUGGGAGUAUUUUAUAAAGCAUGUCGUGAUCUUUCUGAAUUAAAGAUUACUGCUAGAAAAUGUUUUACAUUCUAUAUGGAACCUAUAUUGGAUGGUACGGUUAGCAUGUCCGAUGUUUCACGUUUAUGGCGUUGUAUUGCCGGUCAACUACGAACAGCCCUAACACAAGUAUAUAUACGAAAUGGUCAACCAGAGACUCCAGCGGUAAACAAUGAUAAAGAGAUUUUAAAAGUUGCACAAUCUUUGGAACUGCCUUAUUAUGGCAAGUAUUUGUUAAUAGCUGCUUUUAUCGCGAGUUAUAAUUCAUCAAAAGAAGACAAACGUUUGUUUGUGAAGAAUCACGGAAAACGACGAAAACGAUUGCAAAAUGUCAAUGCGAAUGCUAAAGUAACAGAAAAAAUGAAUACCUAUAUUGGACCAAAAUCAUUCAGUGUUGACCGUCUUUUGGCUAUAUUUUAUGCUAUACUUGAUGAGAAAGUUGGCUUAACUUGUAACUUGCUCUCACAAAUUUCAACAUUAGUCAAUCUUAAACUACUUACUUUUGUUUCGGGAGAAAAUGUUAUGGAUGGAACGUCGCGUUUGCAGUGUACAAUAGGACUGGAGUUUGUCAUCUGCAUAAGCCAAGUAGUAGGAUUUAAUGUGCGUCAGUACUUGAGCGAUUUCAAUUAA